GUGAGCUUCCAAGCUGCUGCCACCUUAGGCCUUUGGCCCCGGGGCAUAAAUAGGCCCUGCUCAGGCCACUGAGCUCAGAGUGCCAGGAAGGAAGAUCUGCCUCUGGGACCCAGCCCUUAGCCUACCCAGUGCAGCCCCUGAGACCAGCCAGCUUCACCAUGGGCAACCCGGGCUCUCGAGCUGGCCUCGCCCCCCGGUCCCGUCCCGGUCUCUCCUGCUGCUAUCUCCUAGCUCUCUUGGCUCUGGCCUCCGCUUGCUACAUCCAGAACUGCCCCAUCGGUGGGAAGCGCUCGGCGCUGGACGUGGACGUGCGCAAGUGCCUCCCCUGCGGUCCAGGAAGCAAAGGGCGCUGCUUUGGGCCCAGCAUCUGCUGCGGGGAAGAGCUAGGUUGCUACCUGGGCACGGCCGAGAGCCUGAGGUGCCAGGAAGAGAGCUACCUGCCCUCCCCGUGCCAGUCUGGCCAGAAACCCUGCGGGAGUGGAGGGCGCUGUGCCGCCGGCGGGAUCUGCUGCAGCAGCGAUGGUUGUGGAUUGGACCCUUCCUGUGACCAAGAACCUACAUAUUCCUAGGCCUGGACAGAUCCAGACAGAGGGAGAAGCUCAUUUCCUCUCCCCCUCCCAGCUAAGUUUUGUUUGGGAAAUUGUUCUGUCCCACUUGCCAAAUCACUCUGUUUCCUCAGUAAAAUGGAUAUAAAGGAUA